GCUGCAUCCGAACACCCUCAGUGACACUCAUAGUGACCAAAAUGAAAACUACAUUGGCAUUGAUCGCAGUACUCCUAGUGCUCCAAAACAGGGGUGUCUCCGCCAAGCUGAAUGUUUCAGAGAUUUUCUCUGACCUGUUUCAAGCUACUUUUAAUCCAAGUGAAUUUUCGUUGCCUGCUGUUACAAGUAAACCACUUUCCGCUCGUGAAGCUUGUGCUAACGAGCUCAAUAGUUCUGUUCGGACAGACAUUGCCGAAGCUGGGGCAGAAUUUCGCCAGGUAUUGGGAAUUCUACAAACUGACGCCGACGAUUUUGAAAACCUAAAGUCAAUUGGAAAAAGGAUUUCGUAG